AUGCCCGGCAGCAACUGCGAUCGGUUUUCGGAGCAGUCAGGUAGAUUCUGUCGGUCAGAAAGGAGAGAGAAAUCAAAAUGUUUACAGCGCAGGGCACUCAUGAAUUUCGCAAUCCCAUCGACGAUUUAGGAAUAGGACUAUCGGAGGCGCAUAUCUACUCACAACCUUCCGGAAAUCACAACGGGUUUAGUCUAGUAAGUACCGCCCUCUCAAAAUGAAGUUUAAAACAUCUAAAUAAUGUUUUCAGAAUCAAUACGUACCCACCGGAACACUAAUCGACGGAUUCGAGCUGAUAAAUGCUCCGAGCAGCUCCCACGAAGAGCAGUUACUCGAUUUGAGCAGCAAUCAUUCGAGGCCACCGCCUGCACGGAAUCGGCAUGACAGCGAUGUGAUUAUUGCACUUCUUCAGAGAAAAAUCAGAGGAUUGAAGUUCGAUAAACGAAAUGGGGAGUAUGCGGACGGAAGAGUUAUCGAGGUGAGAUUCUCACCGUGAGAAUCUUAUUUCGAAUGUAAGCCUAUGUUUUAUUUCUAGAUUGACGUAGGAGCAUUGCUGCGCGGAAUGGCUGACGACGACUGGAAAAUGCCAGAGCUGAAAGAUUGGUACUCGUCGAAUCGGAGAGAUCAUCAGGAAGGAAUUGCCACGCCGAUGGAGGUAACGUUCUCGAACUAAGCUAAAGCUAAUGAUAUUCUUGCAGGAUCUGAACUGUACACCGACCAUUUGUGCAAUGGUAACAAGGACCGAUGUGAUGAGAAUCACGCAAGAACAGGCUCUGUAAGAAAUUCGCAUAAAAGCGGUUCCUAAAUGAGACUGCUGGUUUUUUAGCCAUCUUCUAUCGGUGCUACCUGUGGAUCGCCACGAAUUGUAUCGAGACAUGGAACGAUUUGAAUUCAUUCUAAGAUUAAAAAGAGGGGACAAUGUGCUCGUUGAUGUGGUAAGUUUUUUCGACACUGUCAGACGGACUCGUUCGGUCCCUCAAGAUCGUAAAAGUCGUGAUGCCCCUCAAUUGCAUUCAAAACUUUCUAAUUAAAAAGAACUAAACCAGUUUCACUUCAAAAAUUAACGUCUUCAACGUCAAGAAAGAGACGCAGGCAUCGCGAGGGAAAGGAAUUGUCCCGAUGAAUUGACCACGUGACUAACAAGAUCGGAAUUCGGAUGACAUCAAUAAAUUCUGAAUCUCUUUCUGGAAUGUUACGAAGUUGUGAGCGGGCAUUUUGAGUUUUGUGGAAAGUGAACCGCUCUCAUUGAAACUCACUCAAUUGUGGUCAACUGAAUGAUAGGAAGAGUAAGCGGAACCGGUUCCUCUUUCUCUCGUUUCCACCCAAAAAACAGAGUGGGCGAGAGAAGGGAGUAUAAGUUAGCCACAGUGGCCGUAUUCUCUUUUCGUUCGCCACUGUUUGCCUGUUUAGUUGUUGCUUUCUUCUUUCUUCUACUUCUCGCUCACCAACAACUUGUUUCCAUUUACAUCGGCGGCCGACGCCCUUCCAAUUUAUCGGCUGAACUCGAAUUAAUCGAAAUCACUCUCACAAACUCCUAUAACCGUGGGCGGCAUGCCCUAAAAAUAGCGAAUCGGUGCCGGCGCCGUCGAUGAUGUUUUGUUCGGUGACACAUCCAUUUUCCGCCCCGUUUUCAAUUUCAGUUUCGUUCUCUUCCUUCUCGAUUUUCAUAAUCGUCACCUCAAUUCUUUUUUGCGACAGUUUUUGUUGUGAUGGGCACCGAGAGGAAAAACGGACGAACACGUCACUUUUCCUCGCUUUUCUUGACGAUCUGACAAUCCUUUUGUGUACUGUAAGAAGAACCUGUCUGUUCUUCACGUUUAGAAGCUUACACUUUCCAGUGAUGUUUCCUCGAACACCUAGUGACCACAAAACUAGUGCUUGAAGCCUAGUUUCUCUUUUUCACAAAAGAAAUCUACCAGCCUACCGUAAUAAAUCUCACUUCGAGCGUUUCAGGGUGAAAAAAUGCGUCGCGUCCCCGCAAAAAUCUCGUGGAUCGGCGAACGUCCUCAAGAAUCGGGCAUCUGGUACAACGUGGACUUUGACACAAACGCAACUUCUCAGGUCGGUGUUCUUUCCCUUCUUCCCCCGUUUUCCCUUUCUUCUACUUUUUCUCGGCCCCUCGGGGCAAUUAUCCUCUCUCUCGUGUCUGUUUGUCCGCGUGGCAGCCGCAGCAGUCUUCCAGUUCUUCCCGUAACUCUUGCUUUUUCUUCUUCUCCGUUUUCUCCAGAAGAAUGACGUCUUCUGCGCCUUUCCUUUUCGAAAAGCGGCGUCCCUCUGGCGGCGGCGCCUAGUUCCUUCCUUUCCCCGCCGUCGUCGUUUUUCAAACAAGCAGCUCUCUUGUUUUUGGUGUGUGCAUGUGCUUCUGGCACUCGUUCAGUCACUCACUCUCACGGACAAGUUUCCUCUUCUUAUUCUUUCUUUUUCUUUCUCUCCCUCUCCGUGCUCGCUGCCAAAACAAUUAGGAAGCUAGGAAGUUCGGAUUCGAAAACGACGCGAGCCUUGAGCAUUCCGCAAGCGGACCCCAAUGAAUUUCGAAUGACCGUGACAAAAACUUUUCUACAAUAGUAGUCAUACCGUGUGCAGUGCAUCUCUAGAGACUAUUCAUUGCAGCAAUCACAAAAAUGGGCUUUACACUAUUUCUGGGUUUGCUCAAAUUCAUCAUUUCUAUUGAAGCAACUGCUUCCAGUUGAGGACGUCUAGUAUUUCGUCACACUCCCACCACGAUCCGAUAAUUGCUUUGAAAUGGACCGAAACUAGUCUCCCUUUUUCUCACUUUUCACAUUGGGAUGGCUUCUUCUUCUUCCGUGCACUUUUCGAAGUAAAAAAAAGCUGGUGCAAGAAGUUGGUCGCCUGGCAUUUUUUAUUAGGGCGGUCGCCUGCCUCCUUUUUAUCCGUUUCCUUGGUGUUUCUGAAGCUUCUCCUUUUCACUGCUUCUCUUCUGCGCGCGCUCUCUCUCUCAUCCCACGUGACAUCACUCUCUUGGCCCUCUGAGCUAGUAGAUCUCGUUCUGAGUCAGUCACUUUUUGAGCCCGUUUCGCAGAUUGUUCGAGCAAACAAAGAAUUCAUUGAGCAGCAGCCCACGUAACUCGGCCGCAACUGUCGGUCGCUCUGUCCCUGCCUCCUUCUUUUUCUUUUUUCCAUCCAUCAUGCCCUCGAGCAGUUCGGCACUCUCAGUCACGGCGCUUCUCUCCUCCUCCUCCAUCGCUCCCAUCGUGGUCCUCCCAGAGACUUGAAAAACGACUUGGUGCGGGUUUUUUUGUUUUCGUGUCUUCUCGGUCUCUUUUCAUUCACUCUCGGGACCCCCUUCUGUGGCUUCUUCUUCUUCUUCUCCUUUUCGCCCAAUAGAUUCAAUAUUCUAUUGCUCGAUGAGCGUCCUCCUCGCCAGCAGCGUGUUAGGCCCCCUGUGGAGAAGCUGUUUCUCUGGGCGCGAGCUGUUUUUGUUGUCUACUUUGUUCGGUUCCUCUCGUUCUCUCUGCUGCAACGCUCUCGCCUGCUCCCCCCGUUCGCCGAGUUCCGUCUCUAUUCUCCACGAGCUCAUCCGCCUACCCGCAUCCAUCCGGUCGGGUUUAUUCAUGUUGUUUUUCUGUUCUCUUUUCCUUUUUAUUUUUCUAGUUUUAUUCUGAAUUUAUCCAUUCGGAAUAUCCUCCGGAAUCUUCAGAAGACCAUUGACCGUCGGGUGUCCGGGAGACGAAAGCUCCGCUUUUUUCUAUUAGUUGACGACCGAUUCCGUUUUUGUAAACAAUUCUGACAUUGUUUUGGUUUUUGCUUUUCGGCGAAAGAUCACGUGUUGAGAAUCAUCGAACAUUCCAGAAAAGCAUGGCUUCAAUUGGACUUCUCGUGAUGUCAAAUAAUCGCUUAAAGCCUGACUAAAAAAAGGGUUGUGAGCUGUAAAAGUGAACAAAAGACAAACAGCUCUCUCGACUGUUUCAUUCUCCUUUUCUUCCUUUUUCACCUUCCUUCCCGAUUGUUGACUCCGAUUCCCUUUCCAUGUCUCCUCCCUCGUCUUCUUACCCACUCUCUCUUCUUGCCUGUGAUUUCAUGAGUGACACCGCUCGAAUUGUGACCACUCAUGGGGAAUUAUGAUAAUUGGUCGAUUGAGAGUCUAAAAUUGGAAACUGUCUCUUAUCAUGUCAGUCACUUUCCGACUGCUCUGUCCAUUUUCGGUUACUUUCAAUUGAACGUUUCGGAGGCGACUUACCACGAACUUAUUAUUUUCAGUGGCCUAAUAAUCAUUCAUUCACUGCCCAUGACCGACUGAAUCAUCACUUUGAAAACAACUGGAACCUCGGAAUGUCUGGUAAGUUAAAUCGUUUUUUUCCCAAACGGACUGGAUAAGCAGAAGGAAAUCGCGUCAGAGAUCAUACUUCAACCCCAUUUACCACUCUUAUAACUUUUGGUCAGAGUUCGAAGUUUCCCAUUACGUCAAUCACCAGUUUACGAGCCUCUUUUGUCCAUUAGAACCCCUUCCUCAAAUCGGCUUUCAACCUUUCACCUUUUCCAGGAUCGUCAUCGGUUGCCUCCUCGAAUCCGCGUCUUUUCUACUCUCCCAACCAAAUGCACAUGCCUCUGAAAGGCGGCGGUGUGCAUUCUGCACUUUACGACAACAGGUUUGACCCCCCUAUCCGUUUCCAAAGUGUCAAUUUUCCAGAAGACCAGUGGCAUUCAAUGACGGCGAUGACGAUUAUCAUCGAACAGUGCCGACGCCGAAACCGAGAGAACGAAUCAUUCCAGUGACGAGGCAGCAGCAGCAGCACGUAGAAGUGGAACGGCCGAGCAGAGCGAUGCGACCGCCUUUCCCUCCUGAACCCGACUAUCAUGCCUAUUCGGUGAGUGUUUCUAUUGAAAUUCCGCUGAGAACGCUCUCUCUUUCUGUUCAGUCUCGACCGACACCACCUCCUCCCUCUUCAAGUUCCCUUUCGGUGCAUUCGUCUUCGGCGCAACCGAGCCGGAGUAAAAGUGUGCAUGCAAUGCCUGGCAACUAUCAGCGACAAAAAGCCGUUGACAGAAAUGAGCCGUGAGUUUGGAAAGCGGCAAAAUACUGGAAGAGUCCAUAGAUCUUUCAGAGUAGAAUCCGAUCAAUUGGGCUUCCGAAUAGGAGACCCUUGCAUCUGGAAUAACAAUGGAAUUGAGCAGAAAGGAACGAUAAUGUUCAUUGGAUUUUUGAAAGGACACAAAACACUUUACGCCGGUGUCGAAUUUGUGACUUAUUAUAUACAAAGGUUUGUUUAUAAAUGGUAUCAUUUUCAGAAGAACAAAAUCGGCGCGGGAACGGGAGUAUUCAACAAAGAGCAACUUUUCCGAGCACGUGACGGACACGCCGGGUUCGUCGAGCUUUCGACCCUCGAAUCGCCAUCCUCCGCUGGAUCGAACUCAUCCACACAACACCGACGUCGUCUUUCUUCCUCCAGAAGUCAACAGAUUCCCGCUGCCGCCGGCACUUCCAUCAGUGUUCCGGUGAAUGGCCGACAUAACGGAAAGCAGGCGUCCGUCGAGUCGCUCACCGAUCCUCCGCCGCCACCGUACACUCCGCCCUCUCCGCCACGCGCUUCUUCCGCUGCCGCUGCUCAUCAGCAUCCACCUCCGAUUCCUCCAAAGCCGAUUGUCCAUGUUGAGGACUACUUGAUCGAUUCAUUCGAACUGGGUUAGUUUUUGAUCUGCUCAUCAGUACAUAUUUCGCAAUAGGUCACUGGCGGUAAGUGAUUAAUUGUAAAACUCUUAUCACCAAAAUGACGCAUGUUUGUCUUACAUCUGAGAGUCGAACGAAUAUCAAACUGGUAUCUUUAAGGAAGCUAUGUUAUCGUGUCUCAUCUUGGAGCUCAACGCACUGGAAUCGUAAAAUGGCUCGGCAACGAAAUGGACGAGCAGGGCGACCGAAUCGUCCGUUCGGCCAUUGUACAGCUCGAUGAAGACGUGCCAACUGCGUGGCGUCGGAGCCGCGAUGCAAAAGCGUAUGCGGGAAGCCCCGUGAAUGGCGGCGUGCUCGUGCCCGUACUGGCUCUCAAACACAAUCGGACAGCGUCAAAUGGAACGACGUCCACUUUUUCUGCCUCCUCGGCUUACGUCAACUCUAGUCCUCCUAGUACGAUGAGCCGACGAACAGAAGAGUUUGGAAGUAUGGAUUCGGGAGUGGAGAAACAGAAGUGCGGGCCGACAAAGGAUGUUCAGUUGCUUGUCGGAAGACAGAAGGGAAUCCAGGGCAACUGUAACUCCUGUUACCUUGAUGCCACUCUCUAUGCCAUGUUUGCACAAACCACUGUUUUCGAUUUGUGAGUUUGAAUACAAUUCACUCAGUUUUCCUCAGUGUUCUCUUUUCAGCUUGCUCGAAAAGUCAGUCAAAGGAUCCGAGAAGGCGGUUUUGUUCCAGAAAAUUCUCGCGCAAGAAAUCGUGUUCCCGCUGAGAAAAGUGCACUAUGUCCGAGCCGAUCACAUCAUGAAACUGCGUAGGCUACUUGCUGAGCUCAUGCCACACGUGACUGGACUGACAAACGAAGAAAAAGAUCCUGAGGAGAUUCUCGCAUUCAUUUUCGCUGAGAUCUUCAAUGCGGAGCCCUUUAUCAAGUUGAUGUGAGUCUUUUUCACGACUCUUCUCAGCAGACAGCAUUUGUUUCAGUGGUCCAAAUCAAGCAAAAGACUCUCAAUUCCUGGUUCCGAUAGUGGUCGACGAUUGGCAAGGAGGAGCUGCCACUUCUCAGCACCUUCUCGAACGACACAUGCGAUCCGCGCAAGUCACAUUCGCCAAGCCACCGCCCGUUCUGAUCAUGCAGUUGCCGAGAUACGGACAACAGAAGGUGUUCGACAAAAUCCUGCCGCUCGAAAGCAUCGACAUCACUCCAUUCGUCUCCGGCGCCAUUUCUCCGUGCGCAAAGUGCGGAGCAUGUGCCGAGUGUUUCUGCCCUACUUGCUUCCUCACAAGAAGAGUCUUCUUCACUGAGAUCGUCUUCUGUCGCAAUUGUUUCCAACAUUGCCACAAUCUUCCUGAAAUUCAGGAUCACUCAGCUCGUGGCCUUUACCCGCCUGGCAAGCCAGCCAAAAAGCCACACUCCCACAAGAUGGUCCUCUCGGCUGUUCUGUGUAUUGAGACGUCCCACUAUGUGGCGUACGUCCGGACCGCAUCGAACCAAUGGGUCUUUUUCGACUCAAUGGCCGACCGAGAGGGACUUUCUGAUGGAUUCAACGUGCCAGUGGUCAGAGAAUGUGGGAACAUGUCCGAUUGGUUGUCUCUUCAAGGAUGGAACCGGCUAAAGGAUGCCGAUGAAACUGGACAGAUCAAGGUGAGCACGAAGCGAGACGGAGCAUUAGUUAUAACUAUGAUAUCUUUCAGGCAAUGUUCGGAAAGGCAGUACUGGAUCCGCUGGUCGGACGUCUUCUCUCGGACAGCUACAUUUGCUUCUACGAGGACGCAUCGACGCCUUCUUCCACUUCCAAUCUCAUCAGCACUUUCAAGAACAUGAUGAACUAG